AUGACGACAUCCAAGGCGCACAAUGCAAUUAUCUACGAUAAUCCUGGAUCAUUGUCUUUGAAGUGCGUACAGGUCAAGACUCCAAAGCCGGGUCCAGGACAAGUGCUAGUGAGGCUCUCUCACACAGGACUGUGUCACUCUGAUUAUGCCGUCAUGACAAAUGGCUGGAGCUGGCUGCCUGAUUUGCCUGGAAAAGAUCAAGUUGGGGGCCAUGAAGGUGUCGGACGAGUUGUCGAAAUAGGGGCAACACUACCCGGAAAUACAGUCCUCUGGAAAGUCGGUGACAGAGUUGGAAUCAAAUGGCUCUCUUCUGCCUGUCUUCACUGCCUGGCUUGUAUGUCCAGCCUCGAGGGAUCAUGUUUGCAUCCAACUGUUUCAGGAUAUAACACACCUGGCACAUUACAAGAAUAUGUGCUGGCACCGGCAUAUUAUGUUACUCCUAUCCCACAAGGAGUCUCGCCGGAAGUGGCUGCGCCCUUGCUCUGUGGCGGACUUACCGUGUACUCAGCUUUCCAGAAGGUGCAAGCCAAACAUGGAGAAUGGGUAGUGGUCUCUGGGGCAGGUGGUGGUCUCGGUCACUUAGCAUGUGAAAUUGGCAGUCGAGCUUUGGGUUUUCGGAUUCUCGGGAUCGACACAUCCGAGAAGGAGCAAUUCGUCAGAGAUUGUGGUGCACAAGAGUUCCUGAGUGUGGGCGAUGAAGCCCUAAUAGAGAAGGUUCGACAAAUCACAGGUGGUGGCGCCGCUCUAGUGAUGGUCUGCACUGGUGCAAAUGCGGCGUACGCUCAAGCUCUUGACUUCCUCAGAUUUCAUGGCAUCCUGAUGGCUAUCGGACUGCCUGAGAGAGAUCAACAGCUUCCGAUUCAAAGUGCCAAUCCUAACAAACUGAUUACGCAACAGCUUACUAUAAUGUCGUCCUCGGUAGGCAAUAGGAAGGAGGCUAUGGAAGUCCUAGAUCUUGCAGCUCGAGGAAUCAUAAAGCCGAAAAUCUUUGUCCACAAGCCAAACGAGGUAGCUGCAGUCUUUUCUAAGAUGACACAUGGACAGUUACUUGGUCGUGCAGUCAUUACAUUAGAUUCCGAAGCUUGGGCCUGA